UACGUUGACGGGGUUCCUGUGUUAACGUGACGUAGAGCGUGACGUCAAGUAGUGGUUGCAGAUUCCUGUGUUUACGACCAUUACGAGCGAAAUCAUGGCAGAACCGUUCCAGUUUGAGCCAGAAUUCGAUGAAAAUGAAAUAAGAAGUGAUGAGUCGAAUAAAGGAAGUAAUUCUUCGGAGGAAGAGACGAUCAGAGAUCAAGAUACAAGGCUUGAAGAUGCUUCUACAUGGUGUAGUUGUGGUCAAUGCGAAGUGCUAGAGACGGCCGAGAUGUGUAUUUGUUGUAAAAAUCUCAGGUUUAUUAACCACUUGACGCAAGAUAUUGAAUGUGUAACAUAUCACGAAGAUUUUGAGCCUGUUUGUUUGAACCGAGGAUCACUUUGGACAGCAUUAGUUUCACUACACGAUAGGGAAAGUGCAUCACUCCCCAAGCCGGAUAAAGUACCAAACGAAUCUCUACGUUACGCUGCCUACAGACAGUUCACRUGGUGGAAGCAUGGUUAUCUAGGGAAAAACAUUAGGAGAGUCAUACCAGCAUGUGCUGUAUCMAAAAUAAGAUCCAAAUAUCCAGAUCCAAAUGGUCAAUAUAGAGGCUUUGUAAAUAAUGACAAUGAAUCAGAUGUAGUGUGGGAAUUUUGAGUACUCAACUUAAAAUAUAUAUACAAUCAUGUAGCUAGAGUUGAAUAUCCAAAAAUAUACUGCACCUUUCAGUAGAUAACAAUGUUUAUGUUUCCUACAAGAAGUUAUU